AAAACAAAUGCAAAAGAUAAAUCAUGAUACUUCCCUCAACUUUCUCCUCAUCUUCUCCUUGUAGUAUUAGAGCUCAACAUUGUUUUUUGACAUGCACUUUCCUCAAUGGUUCUCAGCUUACAAAAGGACCGUCAAGAAAGAUCUUCAUCUUUGGACCUUUUGAGUCAUCCUUUCAUCAAAAAGUUUGAAGACAAGGAUAUUGAUCUCGGGAUUCUCGUAGGUAGCUUGGAACCUCCGUGCAUGAUGUCUUCAUCCAGUGUGAAUGAAGAUAAUUGGAGCAGAUUGACCUUUCAAAAUAGAAUGUGCAAGUGUGGUAGGCGUGCUGCCGUGAGAAUUUCAGAUCUAUCAAAAACAAACAUAAGCUCUACUAUACUUGUGAGGAUAAGAAGUGUAACUUCUUUUCUCAGUGUUUUCCUACAAGCGAUGUGGCUUAUUGUUUCACGAAGGCUCCGCCUGCAAUAUUUGAAGAUGACAUGAGAAGCAUUAAGUAAUUACUUGAGCAUUUGAAAGAUGAACACAAGAAGACUGAUCAGAAGCUGCAGGGAUUGAGUCAUAAUGUGCACCAUUUAAGUGUCUUGCAAGUUAGGUGUAUUUUUUUUUGUUUGUCUAUUAUGUAUAUUAUGUGUUGUUUUAUUAGGACUACUUGUCCAGAAAAACUAGAUGGUUGGAACUUGUAAUUUUGCUAGCUUGAAUCAAACAUUAUGUUGCGUUG